GUCUAUGCCAGGCUUCGUGCUAGGCGAGCACUGCUGGAAACACGACGCGGAACUUCCUUAAUUCGUCAUCAUGGAACUUGGAAGCCACAGCGCAGCUUGCACACGUGUGUUUCCAAGAUCUGAUCUGGAAGCACAAGGGGUGCUUGCCAUGCUGGGUAUCUCGCGACGCUUUCGUCCCCACUCUUGUCUCUUGCAGAAUCGAGAUUGAACUCAAGAGGAGGCUUUUUCCUAUCAAGCGUGCGCCGUGCAGAUCAAGGCACUUCGCUUUCGAAGCUGGGGCGGGGGCUGAAUUAGGGUGGGCGGACACAGCAGCACCUUGUAGGUUGAGCUGAGAUUGCAAAGGUAUAGCGGCAAGCGAGCAGUACGGAUUAGUAGCUAUCCUGCCGAUACAUAUUCCUCUGGAUACACCCUUUUUCCAUACUGCCUUCCUUCGAGCUGGAUUGUUCAGAUUGUUCAGUCACCACACUUUGACUAGCGCCGCCACAUUGGAGGGAAGACACUAAGCAGCAGGUUGAGGUUGAGGAGGUGAAGUGACCAGUUCUAUUGCUUUUGGCAAGUUGCAUUCUCCACAGAAGAAUGGCGCCUCAGUUGACAGUUUCUGGAUCCACUUUGAUCCAACAACUGCCCAGCAGCACCCCUGGUUUUCUUCGCUGCGCUGGCAGCCCUUUCUGCGGGGGGGGCUCAGGAACAUCUACUUUCCAGCCUGCCCUCUACCCCCUACGUCAGAGUCGACGCGGGCACACGGUGCGCGCUGACAUCAGCAACGAUAGGAAGCCAGCAAAGAGAGUCGUCGCCGCAAAUGCAUCAAAAGGGGGGGCGGGACUUGCAGAGAAAGGGGAGGGGACACAGGCUGUGACCGAGCGGGGGGCUUCAAACCCAGGGAAAAUGUACACCCCCCCAAAAGAAAUGUCCAGCCAGCGGGUGGAGGCACUUCGCAGGGCCGCAAGGCAGCGGCCGAAGACGGCCCCGCGUCAGCAGGGUCCGUUUGACUGGGUUGGAGAAUUGGCGUUUGGUAAUCCAAUUGCAAAGGGAGUGCAGAAGGCAGUAGGGACCGUGGCUGUGGCGGCGGGGGCGGGCUUAUUCAGGGAGGUCGGUCCUGGGGGGGUGGAGGCGCCAGAAGUGGAUUACGCUCUGAGGGGCAACUUUGCACCAGUGCCGGAGCUGGAGGGGAGGAUGCCAGUGAGGGUUCUAGAGGGAGCCGUGCCCAGCGGGUUUCCGGAUGGGGUGUAUGUCCGCAAUGGUCCCAACCCUCAGUUCAUGCCCAAAACAUACCGCUCGCUCACGGGCAGCCUGACCAAGUACCACUGGUUCGAGGGUGAUGGCAUGCUGCACGCGGUGCGGUUUCAAAACGGAAAGCCUAGCUAUCAGAACAAGUUUGUCGGGACAGAGGGGUAUAAGCUGGAAAAUGAAGCGGGGAAGCCAGUUCUGAUGGGUACACUUGCGGCCGGAAACUUGCUGGAAAACAUGGCGGUUAACUCGGUGCUGCACGGAAUUGGGUUCAAGCAAACUGCCAACACCCACGUCGUGGGGCACCACGGCAGACUGCUGGCACUCAUGGAGGCCGGCCCCCCCCACGAAGUUGAUAUGGACGAUCUCACGACCGUCGGCGUUUACGACUUCGACGGCCAGCUCGACUUCCCCUUCACAGCCCACCCAAAGAUAGACCCCCGAAAUGGGGACAUGGUUUUCUUCGGUUACGCGGUCACGCCCCCGUACUGCUCCGUGGGGGUCGCGUCCAAGACUGGCGAGCUAGUGCACAAGACCCCCCUGGACGUGAAGCGCCCGACCAUGAUGCACGACUUCGCGAUCACGGAGAACUACAACGUCAUCCUCGACUUUCCGCUGACGUUCGACUUCCAGCGGAAGCUCCGCGGGGGGGAGCUGAUCGAGUUCGAGCCGGAUCAGCCCGCGCGGUUUGGCGUCAUGCCGCGCUUCGGUGGCAGGGAGUCGGUGCGCUGGUUCGAGACGGCCACGUGCUUUGCGUUCCAUACGCUCAACGCAUACGAGGACGGGAACGAGAUUGUACUGUACGGCUGCGCCUCCAAGAACCCGGCCCUCAGCACCCCGCCCGACCAGUCCGCCUCGGAGUGGUUCGCCGAGCACUUGGGCAAGCCGGAUGGCGGGUUAAAGGCGCGGUUAACCGAGUGGCGGAUUAACCUGAAGACCGGGGGGGUAACCGAGAAGAUGCUGACGCCCCUGGACUUCUCGGCGGACAUGCCCCGGAUCAACGAUAACUACGCCGGGUUUAGGAACCGGUUUGGGUACGGGUUAGUGACGGACACGGACGCUACGGUGCGGGAGGGGAUGCCGCUGCACACGAGCAUCGUCAAGUAUUACCUGCCCGACGAGAAGAACGCGCAGGUGCCGAUCAAGAUGGAGUUCCACAACUUCGGCCCCGACCGCUUCGGUUCCGAGCCGUCGUUCGUUCCGCGGGACGGAGCGACGGAAGAGGACGACGGCUGGCUCGUCUGCUUCGUAUACGACCGGAACACGGACACGUCAGAGCUCCUGAUCGUGGACGCGCAGCGCUUCUCGGAGCCUCCCGUCGCCCGUCUCGCGAUUCCGCAGAGGGUGCCGUUCGGGCUGCACGGCUCCUUCGUCCCGUUGGCAGCAUGAGCAACCUAGUCACGCGCAUCGAUUAAGCAGAUUGGGCAAAGCUUCGCAGUCUAGUUUGACGCUGGGCUAAUUGCUGGCAUUCAUACAUUCAUUCGUUACAUCCGAAGCAGUUGGGCUACGCUAGAUUUAGUCAAAGAUAACGCAGAGCGCACGCGAAUUUGACAACAUACCGAUCAUUGGGGUAACGCAGAUUGCACGCGAUUCUUUGACUCGCGGUUGUACAUAGGGGGUCAGGCUUAGAUUCGUAAACAGCUCUGGAUUGCUUGCUUGGAAAGCAGUACCUUAUCACGGUCGAUAGGCGCGACUCCUUGACAGCGAAAUAGAAUCGAUUAGGUGGUCACUUUGCACACGUCCUGAGCGGCGUCCAGCUCGCAAAGGUUGUUGAAUAGCUUUGGAAAAGAAAGACUUGCAGUCUUAAGUUGACUGCCAAAAUUCUGGAAUUCAGGUUCCCAUGUGUGGUAUUAAACGACAAUUAUCCAUGUAAUCGUUUCGAUCGAUUUACAGUUUGAAA